AUGCAUUACUCGAAGGUUCUGAAGGCUCUCUGCCUUCUUGCGCCCGCCGCUCGAGCCUCUCUAUGGGUAGACAAAGCUCCAAGCUCCGUGAGACCAUAUGUUAUCGAACAUUAUGCGAAUGCGAAUGCCCUCACCAUUGGUUCUCAGACGUUUCGAUUCCCGGUCACAGGUCCCUCUUCUGGCAACAAGCUCACAAUUCUCAUGACGAGCGCGCCAGAGUCUGGGGACCUUAGUGUUCUGCCACACAUCCAUGAAAAAUAUCAUGAGAACUUCUGCUGCUUUAAGGGUCGCGUUCAGCUCUGGGCACACAAAUGCAAUGACACUGAAGCACGUCUGCUGACGGCCGGCGAUUUUGGUAGCGUGCCCGUCGACACCACUCACACCUUCCAGACUCUAGACCCGGACACAGAAAUAGUCGGAGUUGUAGCUCCUGGAAGCUUCGAGGAUCUUUUCUACUUCCUGGCCACUCAGAACGUUUCGUACGAGACACAAACACCAUACACUCCUGUGGAUUCUGGCGGCGAUGCUGGCUCUGGCACUCCUGCCGAAAUCAUCUCACAACUGGCUUCCUUCGAUGUACAUGCAGCACUCAACUUCACGCCGCCUCGAGACCUCGUCAAUGGAAGUCGACCCGCUGGUGCAAUUUGGCAUGAUGGCAACAACAACAUUCCAUCCUCUUCUGGCUCGCCAUACUUUAUCGCAUUAAACUGGGGGCCGAAGUAUCUCAACAACUCCACCGGCGCAUAUCAGAUCGUACAGCCUUUCGUAACCCCAGUCACAGGCGAGCAAACCUUCACGGAAGGGACCAUAACGCUGGGUCGAAGAUUUCCAGAUGCUGUUUCGCCGACGUGGAACUUGACUGAUCAUUUGGUGCUGAUUAUCGUUGAGGGAGCCAUUGACCUAACUAUUGCAAAUGAGACUGCCACAUUGUUGGGAGGCGAUGUUGCUUUUGUGCCGGGCGGGACGCCUUUCAGCUAUGGCUCCAAGGCUGCUUUUUCGAAGUUCUUGUAUGUCUCUGCUGGAGUCGAAGGGCUUGACCAACAGCUUUUGGCUGAUUCAGGAGAAUGGAACUGGCCUGUGUUUCCUGUCGCAUCUCCUUAG